AAUCAGCACGAAAUAAGCUUGUCGUUCUAGAAUGUAUAAAAUUUCACUUUCUCGAAGUCUCUUAUAAUGAGUUCAAGCCAAAAACGAGUUGGUGUCCUAUCUGGCAAGAACGGAAGCCAACAUUCAGCACACAUGAGCUCCCUUGCACAGCCUCCCCGUCUACGAGAAAAGGUGAAGCAUAUAAUUUCUUCAAAGAUGCUUUGCUGUGGCCGUAGAAAGGAGACGGGGGAAGGUGAACUGGAGACAGGAGAAGAUGGGUCUCGAAGAGCAGGUCCGUCACGCCCAAGAAUACCGGAAAUGGUGGUUCAAAGCGACUUCCGGAAGGUCAGUGGAAUUUCCACUGAAAUAUUCCGGCAGAUUGAGGCGGUGGAGAAUGAAUAUGAUGCCACGACAGCCGCCAAUAUUGAGGCGGUUGAAAAACGAGGAGAGAUGAUUAUACGUGUUCUGGAUCCUCGUACUCUGGGAAGGGUAGGUACAGAGACUAGUAAGAAGCAUCUCAGUGGCACCGAUUCCAACCACACCGUGCAAUUUGUGGAAAUCAUCAAGCGCCCAGGACAGACCCUAGGCUUAUAUAUUAGAGAAGGAGACGGGACUAGGGUAAACGAAGGAGUCUUCAUAUCUAGAAUUGCCUUAGAAAGUGCUGUAUACGAUAGCGGACUUUUAAGAGUAGGGGAUGAAAUAUUGGCUGUUAAUUUAGUAGAUGUCAGACAGAUGAGUUUGGAUGAUGUUGUUAUUAUUAUGUCUAUUCCACGGCGAUUAGUGCUUACCAUCCGCUCCAAAAUUUCAGGAAGAGCAUCUAUACACGCAUCUCACAAAGUAGUGGAAGAAAUUCGUCCGCCAGUCGUAGUGUGGAAGAAAGAGGUCGAAGAAGAAGGUCCGGAUGAACUUUCCACCAGCAAUAAUGAAGAUGGGCAGAUGUCGAGAGUCCGAAAUAAAGGUUUGUCGUCUGAUAUUAUAACAAUAGAGCGACCUAUGGCCACGAGGGAAGGGCGCCCUCUGGAAGAGCAUGUGCUUUUUUAUAAUUCACAACCUCGCGGAUUGCAAAUACCCAGGACCUCGGGAGCUGAUAUUGAAAAGGAAGAACUUCUUUGGAGAAGAGAAACUGCUGAUUUAUUACCCCCUAAAAUUGUCACUCGCCAGCCAAUGUCGCAGCAAGUUUAUCCUAAAACACUAGAAAGCUUGGCUCAAAAAGUUCACACUUUUCACACUGGUCCACCACUUCAGGCUAGAAAAUCUCAGAUGUCUGCAUCGCACACUUUAUUGCCUUCGAGGCCUGAAAGAGGCACCACUGCCCGCCACCGCUUCUGGGAUGAGCACGGCUCUUUAUUAGCCAGUAAGCCUCCACGUCUACUUAGGACCGAGAGUGAGCAGAAAAUUACAACAGAAAGAGAAGAAUCGCUUGAAACGUAUGUUUCAAGAGGGCUGCGUCCAGCUUUAAGAAUGGCACGCACAAUGCAGCCUCGUGGUCGAGUCCGACGUUAUGAAAGAGAUGCUCCUCCCCAUGCAGGAAUUUUGCGACGACGAUCUGUGAUGGAAAGCUCUUCAGAUACUGAGGUGCAGACCAACUCCAAAGACUCAAUGUUAUACAAACAAUACAGUUUAGGACGAGCAGGUCCAGUUAAGGGAACGGCCGGCCAAAUCCGCAGCAAUUCACUGCCACGAGCCCGUGAAAUGGAGAUGGAACCUCGUCAACACCGUCAGUCUGUCCGUUUUGUCAAGAAAACUCUGCCUUACGACUCUCAGGAGGAUAGCGACGGGGCUGUAUCUGCCCCAGAGCUUCCGUCGUCCAGGUCCGGCCGGCGAGGAGUAGGUCGCCGCGGGCCAUCCCCGAACGUCUUCACAGCAGCAGAGUACCGUGCCUGGUUGAGCAGAGCGCCCUCCACCUCAGCUAUAUACGAACGGGUUCGACGUGGCCGGGGAAUGACCCAAUUACAGCCGCUGUCUAGGAUCGCACACAGCGCCGAAAGCCUGCUGGACACACUGCGUCAGGAACAGCAGGCCGGCCUUCACUCCUCGCAAAUUCAAAUAAGGCGGUCCCUCUUACGUCCUGGAUCUGAAGAGAUAGCCCAAAAUUCCCGAUUUUUACAAUCACAAAGUUUAGAACAAGGUCGUCAAGUUCCGCAUCCCACUCCCAUCAAGCCAUCAGAGGAUAGGAUGCAUUUACUUACUCUUAACCCUCGAGAAUUCUUCAAAUACAGACCUGAGAAGGAUUCGGAAGCAGUAGUCCAAGCUGACAAUUUUAGCGGGUUGCUGUGGGUCCACCUUCUAGCGGGUCGAGGGCUAAGACCAGCCGGUCAUGCUGACCACUUCCGAGAUUUGUACUGCGUUAUCGAAUGUGAUUACGUACAUAAAGCCAGAACAGUCGUGAGAACAGGAGACCACAGCUUUGACUGGGACGAAAUAUUUGAGCUGGAUUUAGUAGAAAACACUCAAAUAGCGUUUCUCCUGUACAGUUGGGAUCCCCAUUCACGGCACAAACUGUGCUAUAAAGGCACGGUUCACUUACUGACGAUCCUACGAGAAUCUCCUGUUCACAGUCUUGCCCUCAAGCUCGAGCCACGUGGCACCCUCUACCUCAAAAUUCGUUACAAGGAUCCGCGACAGACUUUUCAAAGGCUCCCAGAAUCAAGUUCUUCUGGAGUGUUUGGGGUUGAUUUAGAGACGGUAGUCGCUAGAGAAAGUACCGGCAUUGGCAUCCCUCUAGUAGUGAAGAAGUGUUUGGACGAAAUAGAGAAGCGUGGAUUAGACACUGUAGGAAUCUACAGAUUGUGUGGGUCAGCAGUAAGAAAAAAGGUGCUAAGAGAGGCAUUUGAACGAACUACGUGGAUGGUAGAUUUAUCCAUGGAACACGUACCAGACAUUAACGUUGUUACUAGUGUCUUGAAAGAUUAUAUGCGAGAAAUGCCCGAGCCGCUGUUUACUAAAGGUCUCUUUGAUAUGUUAGUGGACGGUUUGAGUGUCUGCCUUCCAGACGACCCUGAAGGAAACGCCAAACUUAUGUUCAGUAUACUUGAGUGCCUACCUAAAGUUAAUAGGUGCACAGUCCUAGUGCUAAUGGAUCAUCUUAAGCUAGUAUCCAACCGCAGUGAUAGAAACAAGAUGACAUCACAUAGUUUAGCCAUGUGCUUCGGACCCGUCGUUAUGUGCCACACUGAAACAGGAGACUCUGUUGUUGACCUCCGCAAAACAAUUGAUGUCUUUAAGUAUCUCCUAGAUAUUUGGCCCGCCAAAAAAG